AUUGCUUGGAGAAAACUAUUUUUGGGUGUUUGUCCUCCCCUAGCAAUCCUGACAUACAUGGACUUAUUAACCAUGAGAACUGGAAGAUGGAUAUUGCAGAAUGGCUUCAAAUGCAGGAGAUGAUGAACCAAAAAGGGUGGAGUCAAUCUCUUCACACCAUUCAAAAUAUGAAUACGCAUGUUCAGAUUGCUCCACCAUAUCAAGAAAUAGAGUCAAUGAUGUCAGGAUAUGCAGGGAAUCCAAUUUUUUCAGAUGGGUUAGCUGAGGCUGAUUUUCCAAAUGGGGGCGGCACAAUUGAAAUGGGAAGAGCCAAAGCGUAUAAUCCAAUUUUACGGACACCAGCAGGCUUUGAUUUCUCGAUUAGCUCCCAUAUGCAAUACCAAUUCAAAGGACUUCCCUUGGUCAAUGAUUUCUACCAUGACUUCUCACAAAUUGCACCUCAGGAUUGGGAGUUGAGCUUUCAACACGAGAACAUUAUCCCUGAUCAGCUUCAUGAGAAUAUAAUUCCUGGCGCGGUAACGAUUUUAGAUACGCAGGGGAACCUUCCUUUUGGUGACAAUGCAGUGAAGAUAAAGUCGGAAAUUUUUCCGGGCACAAGCGUGCAUCCUAUGAUUCCUGCACAUUUCGGUUUGCGGGGCCUCAUGAUGGCCCAACUUCCUGAUCAGAUCAAUCAGCACAGCACCAGCAUGUAUGAAUACGAGCUCGGCUUCAAUGGGUUUCAGUAGAUAACAUGCGGGACUAGUUGCUACAUACCGGUCUUUGCCUCCUAAGCGUUCCUAGACUAGGUAGUAGAUCUGCCGCUUUUUAGGUCUCCAUGGUACAUAGUCCUCACCCCUGCUUGCUAGCUAUGCCAAGAAUUAGGAUUUGACA